GGGCGAUUGGUGCCAAUAUUCGCUAACAAUAAAAAGAAAAGGCUAAAGCAAGCACUGUACGCAAACCCAUCAACAGACGACUUCGAUAACACCUCAACCAACCCGGCUUGUGAUGAAUUCAGUCACUCUGGAAGUGAAUACUUUGAGGGUGGUCUUCAGAAACCAAGUUUACCUCCAAAUACAAGAACGAAUUCUCUUACAAAUGAGGGAUGGUACAACAGCGCAGUGCCACAACAGUACAGUGCCAACUCCUCAACUCAUCAAAGAAGCCAAGCGGUCAAUGGCCGAGGCGAAUUACAAAGUCACAUGCCAGUGCAACAAGAAUAUCAGCUUCCACCACCACGAGCUAACAGUAAGCUUAAUUUGAAGGUCAACGGGCCCAGGUAUGUUUGUCAACUUUGUCUCAAUACUUUUGCUGGCUUACCAAGAGGAAUAUAAUCUAGCUAUCUUUCUGUAAAAUAAUUUGGUUUUAGACAAAACGGAUAACAAAAAUAUGUCAAAAAACCUGCAACUUGUCCUGCAACAUUGCUGCGAAACGACUUGUUUAGCCAUAUUGCUGCAAAAAAGUUGAAAAGCGAUGGUGCGCGUUUUACCAACCACAUCAAACCUGUCUUGCAAAAAAUUAACUUGUUAACAGGUUUGAACGUGUGAGUGGUCAAGCGCGCACCAUCGCUUUUCAACUUUUUUUGCAGCAAUAUAGCAAAACAAGUUGCACGUUUUUGUCUUCUGUUUUACCGAAGCUUAAGUUUUCAUUUUUAUAGAAAUAUAAAAUUGUUGUUGUUUUCUAUCAGACCCUCUCAGUACGAUGCUGAAAGAAGUACAGUUAUUAGAAAUCCCGUGGUAAAAACAGAACAAGACAAUAAAGGUGAAAACAGGCGUGGAGGCAGUGCAUUGUCUUCAGAAACAUUUCAGAAGGAUCAGAACCAACCCACAAAGGUAAUUCACAAAUUUAUAUAUUAUUAUCCUUGCAAAGAAUGAAGUAUACUUCACAGGACAGCAAGGUAACCCUUUGGAAAAUCUCGUUUUGCCACCUGACCCUCUCAUCUCCUACCCAUUGUCUGGAAAAAAUAGCCAUCCAAUGUUGUGCAUUUGGAAUGUUCGGUUGUUUUUAAUUAUUUUAUGGUGGACCUGAAGUGUAAAGUUACUUGCUACCCUAAACAAUUAUUGGUACAUCCUCUAUCAUUGUCCGAAGUAAAACAGUAAUCAGCCCCGUAGCAGAUCCAGGAUCCAGGGUGGAUGAAAGGGGGAGGGAAUCUGGACAAGAGGAUUUUUGUUAUUAUCAGUAACAUUUAAAAAUAACUAGUUCUUCAGUUUCAACAUGGAAUUUUAAACACCUAGGCCCAGUUGUUUAAAGGCCAAUUAGUGCAUUUUCUCUGUUCUUAUUAGACCACUCCAUCAUUAAAUUGAAGCCAAAACGAACUAACCUGAAUUUACUAUUUGAGCUUUCACUCGGAAUUCAAAUCUCACACUGACCCUGGGUUAUCUGAACAACCUGGCCCAGGGGAUACCAUGUCUAGGGUCCAGAUAUUUUUGUCACUUUUAAAAGAUAACAUGAACUCCCUUCUUAAAAAUUCUUGGAUCUGCCCCUGGUAUUCAAAACGUUUCAGUCUAAAUGAAAACCUAAGGAUCCAAUGCAUUUGGUUUUCUUGGUGGGGAAGGACCACCUCUAAAUGAAGGUAAUAAGAGUGGAUCUAUUUAUUUUCCUCAUUUGAAUAAAUAGGAAAGGUCAACCAAGCAAGUAAACCUCAUGGCCACUCCAGUGGACAAGACUCUUAGAGUCAUAACAGCCACUAUUCAGAAUGUUCUAGAUUGGAAUACAUUUGAUGACAAGAUUGCUGUAAUUUAUGAAAUAUUUGGUAAGCAGAUACAAGGUGUUCUCACACAAAUGAGGGUUCAAGCUGUAAUCCUUGAAUCCCCUAUGCUACUUGCAGCAGAUCUCCGUCAAGUUCAUACAAAAUGUAACAGCAGUUAAGACUUGACACAUCUGUUUUUUAAUACUACUACCUUAUACCAUCAUGUCCAAAAGAAAUGUUAUUGCUCCUCUUAGGAACACUGGACUCACAAGUGUCAUUAAAUUCUACUGGCAAUACAAAGAAUUUUGUCAUAAAAGACAAAACAGGAACUCUGAGGUAUCUUACAAUUUCCAACAAUUACCAUUAUUUUUUAAUAAAAAAAAUUAAAAUUAACACAGUCACUUUCUUCUUUUCUUUUAGGUGCACUUUUUGGGAAAUGGUGAGUUUAUCCUUUCACAAACGUAAAUUUUACUUUUAAUAUGUUUCAUCUAAACCAUUUAUCUUCUUAACGAUCAAGGACCGUCAACUUCCAAGGUUAACAAGAGGACAAAUGCACAGGUACAAUAAAUUUUAUUAUCAUUAGUUUCUAAUUUUUCUCUCUUUUCAUUGGCCAAGAGCCCACCACAUGACCUGCAAAUAACUGCCUACAAAUAAUGGUCUGCUCAUGCACAAUGUCAUCCAACUUUGUUUGGCUGCAAAUAAUAUUCUGCUCAUGUGUAAAUGAAACCACACUUUUCUCCUUCUUGCAAUCACUCUUGCGUGAAAAUGGCAGAUCACUUCGCUUCCCACAGAUAUUCAUUAAAAAAAACAAACUAGGUAAUCACACGAUAAAACAAUUAUUGAACUCGGUUAUCGCAAAUAUCGUGAUUUGCUAGUGUCUCACAGAUCAAUCAAUUCUUUGCCUCAGCCUUCGGCUUCGGCAAAUAAUAACACUGAAAAAUCACGAUAUUUUGCUCAACCUCUUCCAAUAAUUGUCAAUUAUUAUCUAUAGGAGUCUGAAAGGAGGGGUAGAACAGGGUUUAAAGCCACUAACCACCAAAGCUGUUUAGUGACAUUAUCACUAUCUAUCAAAUUUUAGUGGCUUGACUGUCAUUUGAUAUAAAGCAGAUCAAAUCCUUGCAUGGAAUUCAAAAUUUUGACAUCCCAGACAGGAAAAUGAACUUAUCCAGUUCUUGCCUCUAGUCAUUUAUUUCAGUUAAGGUCAUUUUGUGGUUUCAGCAGCAUAAACCUCGGCAAUAGAUUUCUGUGAGAUUAACAAGCUUGUGUCAAGCCAGCAAUAAUUUUUGAUCUUCCUGUCAUUUCUGUCUGGUGUAAUGAUUUUAUAAGUUUUUCUUCCUUUGCUUGCAACCUUUGUUAAUAACCAAAUGGCCUCUUUUGAAUUUACGCAAAUUGGAGAAAGUGUUGAAUGGUAUACGUUCUUGCAUUGAGCAACACGAGUUAUGGCACGAGUUACAAGUAAACCAACUCUGUACCCUGCAGACCUUAUCCUCUUUUUAUUUCUUUGUUUACUUGUUGAAAAUAAUGUUUUACAUUUUGAAUGACUAAGGGAGUAGUGACAUCACUGGACAGAAUAUUUAGUGGCCAGCAAGUACAGAUGUCCCCCUUGGGAGUUUGUGACUGAAGGUUCCUGCAAAGGAAAGCUCUGAAUUUUCUUCUGUAGCAUACAGUUAAAUCAAUGAAACUCCUCACUGCUUCAGUGAAAAUUUUUCUUAAGUCACUUGUAAAUGCUUUAUGAAGACCAUUUUUAUGCUUGUAAGGUGCGUGGGAUCACUGGACAGAAGAAAUGGACAUUUCUAUUGUGUAUCAGUCAGGCCUGUCAAGCACACAGAACUUCAGACCAUUGCAUCAUUCAUAGAAGUGUCACAAGUGGCCAUGCAAGAACAACUUGCAAACUUGAAAGAAGACUGA